AUGGGCUCGGAGCCCGCACAAAUCUGCCGGCCCGCGGGGUUCCGGCUCCCAAUCGUCGCGGAGACAACCUCGGCGCAGCAAGGGCUCACCGCCUACGACCAAGAGAACUUCCAGGGGAAGAAGAUGGAGUUCACCUCGGCCUGCUCCAACACCGUGGAGCGCGGCUUCGACACCGUCCGCUCCCUCAAGGUGGACUGUGGGGCCUCGUCCCCCCGGCUGCUUUGGGAAGCAUGGAGCCGAGGGGUUUCGCGGAGGGCGCUUCACUGCACCGGCUCCGGCCGCCGGGAGGCUCCCACAGAGACAGGGGACCGGGGGGCAGGCGAGGUCAGACCACAGGGCGCGUCCCGGGAGCAAGGAGCCCACCCCAGGCCCCGUCCCCCCCCAUCUGCACUUCCCUCCUCAUGCCUCCCUGUCGCUGUGGCCCAGAACCACAAGGAGUCGAAGAUGACGGUCUUCGAGAGGGAGAACUUCCUGGGACGCCAGUGGGAAAUCGCGGACGACUACCCCUCCCUGCAGGCCAUGGGCUGGGCCAACAACGAAGUGGGCUCCAUGAAGGUGCAGUGCGGCGCCUGGGUGUGCUACCAGUAUCCCGGUUACCGUGGCUACCAGUACCUUUUGGAGAGCGACCACCACGGGGGAGAUUACAAGCACUGCAGGGAAUGGGGCACCCACGCCCAGACCUUCCAGGUCCAGUCCAUCCGGCGCGUCCAGCAGUAGGCGUCCGUGGCUGCAGCUCUCCUUCCCGCC